AUGUCAUCAAGAAAGUCAAAGAUGCAAUUUAAUCCGUCAGAAUCCGAGAAAUCGCGAGGAGUAGCAACAGAAUGUUGUUGUUGUGUUUGCACUCCUAUCAUUAUGGCAGUCGGAACUUGUUGCUGUUUAGUUAUUGUAAUAUUUAUCAUAUUGGUUAUUAUCGCGGGAGUUAAUAUUCAUGCUUGUAAUAAACUCAGUGAGAAAGUGGACAUUAAUAACGUUAUACCCACCAACUUUACUUAUGAUCCGAACAUUUUUCAAAAUCUCGAAUUCAACUCACUCAACAGUAUCAUGACCAAAACGGGAAAAAUAUAUGUUUCACAAAGUAAUUCAACUAGCGAUACAAAUGUAACGGUUUCGGUUCGUAUCGCGGCCACCAAAACAAAUGAAGCAUGGGUUAAAGGUGAAGACGUUGAAGCUAUAAAGAGAAUUACCGUGGAACGAAGCAAUACAUUUAAAGGAGCAUUUGCGUGGGUGGGAUAUCUUAGUUUGCCACCAAGAUGUAUUUUAGCACAGGUGGAUGUUAUACUUCCACAAGUGAUUCCUGCUACCACAUCGAUUGUAACGGAUGUAAACGAUAUUGUGGUUUAUUCAAAUUCGGUACCUUACACCUCUUCAAAGGUCAAACUAACAACGAUAAAUGGCGAAAUUGAUGUUAGAAAUCUUACAGUGGAAAGUUUAAAUUUAAAUACUAAUAAUGGGGAUAUUAAUGCUUCCGUUUUAGGAAUUACAAGUGAAUUAUUCGCCGCUACUGAUAGCGGUAAAAUCCAAUUAAACGUAACAGUUGAUCCUAGCGCAACCAAUCCAAAGAUUGAAACCACCAAUAAAAAUGGUUUCAUUCAAUUAAAUUUCAAUUCUAGUUUUAACGGAGGUUAUAAUGUAACGACGGGUAAUGGUAAAAUUAUGGUUUAUAACGCUUCAAUUGAAACUACCAAUGAAAAUAAAAAGAAAGAGGGUAAAGUUGGAGAAGGAAAUGGUAAUUUGGUCGUUAAUACGAAGAAUGGUGAUAUCGAUGUUACCUUUUAG